AUGAUGUCCACAAAUUUUCACUGGCCAACGACCAACAAGAAUGAUAAUAGAGAGGUCUCUAUUGAAACACCAACUAGUACCGAUCCUCAUGUUCCUCGCGAUUCACUUGCCUCGAUGCCACAUGCAACAGCAAGCACAACUAUAAAAAAGAGAAAGCGAGACGACGAAUUGGAUGGCGACAAAUCAACAACGACUACCACGACCACCACGACAGUUUCAUCAUCGUCAACACGUAAAUACUUACAAUCGUCUUUGGGAUCUUCCAAGUUCAAGAAGGCUAAAACACCGAAAAUCAGUGGUCAACCAUUGCCACUACCUAGAUUGAUUGAAUCAUUAGAUAGAUCCAAUUUACAAAAACUUGUUCAAGGUUUAAUAGCUGUUCAUCCUGAAUUACAAUCCACAUUAAUUAAAAUCUCUCCUAGACCUUCCAUUCAAGAUUCCAUUCAAUUAUUACAGGAUAAAUUUGAUAUGAUUAUAUCUCAUUUGCCUUACAAAUGUGACGUUGAAAGUGAUUAUUCAUAUUUAAGAAUCAAGCCUCAUUUACAAGAAUUUUUAUCAUCAGUGUCUGAUUUUAUCUUGAAUUAUUUACCUCCAUUAGAAACAAAUAUGACCCGUUCUUUGCAAUUUUUACAUGAAGCCACUAAAUUAGUGUAUAACUUACCUAAUUUCACUAAUCAGGAAUUCCAAUACACCAAAUCCACAGCAUUAGAACAGAUUGCUAAUUGUUGGUUGAUUGUGUUAAGUCAAGAUGAAGAAAAAGACGGAAACACCGAUGUAGUGAAAGUUAUACACGAAUUGGAAUUAUUGGAAAAAUUACAUGAACAUAAUGAAAUAUCGUUCAAUAAAUUUGAAAAAGUUGUUGAUUAUUGUAAAGACAAAUUAGAGCAACAUGAAUUAAUCAUGAAUAAUAAUGAAGCCGGCUCAGGUGUUCCGUCGUCAAUAAGUGACUUGAUCACUGUGGAUUAUUCUAAAUACUCUAUAGCCAAUACAACUUCUAUAUAG